GGCAAGAGCUAGGAAUCGAGCAGAAAAGGGAGAUAUUCGGGGAACCCUAUAGCCCUGAUUCGGUCGAAUUUCUUCAGGUCGCCGCCUAAAGGGCCGCGCUUGCUACGACGGUGCUUCCCUGACGGCCUGCAACUAUGCCCGCCUGCUCAAUACCGGCCUUUGCAGGUGCUCAACUAGUUGGAAUGUCCGAAAAAUGUUUGAUCUUGUGUCAUAGCCCGUCUUGGGUUGUCGUUAACCGGCCAAUGCUCCUGCUAUUGCUACCACGCAUCAGCAAUUAUUGUCACUUACGACUGGCAAGGCGGGUUGUUGCAAAUAGAGCAGAAGGAAAGAAAGAAAGAAAAAAAAAAAAGGAAAAAAAAAAAAGGGGGGGGGGGGGGUCCGGCUCCUGGGAGCUUACACUUUCCAGGGUCCAGGGCCCGAUUGCAGCCCUUCCAGUCUACUCUCCAGAGUCCUGGGUAGGGUCAGCAGCGAAUUUUGGGCCCUCCGAAGGUCGAGAGGGGUAUACAGAUCGGACAACCCAGCAGUGCAACGAAGACAAGCUUCGUUCUGUCCCCGAAAAGAUCGGAAUUGUUGCCACUUCAAUAAAGUUGGCCAAUCCCUUUCCAGACGGAAAAGAAAAACCUCCUUCUACGCUACCAAGUGGGUUUUUUCUUCUUACGUUGUACACGUGUAUUGCGACAUCCCAGCCGCAGUGGAAGAGCGAUGGGCCUGUUUCGUGCGAUCUGGACAAUUAGGUGUCUGUUACAUCACCAUCGGGUACCCAGCCGAAACGAGGAAGAUCAAACCAAAAACGAUUCCUAUCUCCGACUUUUCAGUCGGUGCACAAUUGUGUGCACACCCGAUGCGGUUUAUCUUCAGCAGAUCUGGUCCAGAGUCCACCGUGUCGGAGGCGGGCAAGACUCCGACGAGGGUCCAAUGCGGGUGGGGUUCCACGCCUCGAAAGCCCCUGUGGUUUGUGGCUUGUGGCAACGGACGGGCCCGUGACGGCAACAAAAGAUCUGAGAUUUGCGUCACCCGCUUAUUCGCGACAACUAGACACAGGCGUUCCAGGCACAGGGAGGGGCGAGGGGCGAACAAAU